AUUACACAUUAGAACAAUAAGUAAAUACAGUUGUCGGAUUUGUGUAGAGAUAUGAUUUAUGGCUAUUUAAACGUAGUGACCAGUUUGUUGAUUAGACUUUCGACAGGUUGCUCUUUCAAUAUUACCAAGGCAUCGGGAAGCCUAACCUCACCCAAUUAUCCAAACAAAUACAGCAACAAAAUGGAUUGUGAAUACGUCAUCAGGAGUCCGACCAAACAACCAAUAACAGUAACUUUUGACGAUUUUGAGGUAGAGGAACAUUCUGAUUGCACACUUGAUUAUGUAUCGGUAAAAGAUGGAGACAACACAUUGCUGGGAAAGUUUUGUGGCUACAAGAUUCCACCUCCAUUACUUGCAUUGUCUGGUGUGGUUAUUUUCAAAUUUCAUAGUGAUUAUUCUGUAAGAGAGAAAGGAUUUCUAGCAGUUUAUAAUGACAGCCAAGAGUGUGUGUAUGUAAAAAAGGACAGUAGUGGCUCCAUUCAAUCCCCAAAUUUUCCUGCAAAUUAUACACAAGAAUUGGUAUGCUUGUACUAUAUCGAAAGUGUAAACAGAAUACCGAUAAAUAUAACAUUUACAAGCUUCGAUUUAGAGUAUUCGUCAAGUGGAACAUGCAAAAAUGACUAUGUCAUGAUUGCAGUGGAUAUCUGAAUGUAGUAUCUGGACGAAUUCAAUCACCAAAUUAUCCGGAGAGUUAUAGCAAAAAUACAGAUUGUGAAUAUAGAAUAGUCAGUCCAUAUAAAG